AUGCCUGCAAACUUGAGCGAUUUGUUUAGCUCACUUACAAAUGAUGUGACUUGUAUGGCGACAUUUGGGAGGAUGUAUCAUGAAGGGGGGAUUGGGAAGAAAUUCAAGAAGAUCAUGCAAGAGUUCUCGGAGGUGUUGGGUAGCUUUUACUUUGAGGAAUCUAUUCCUCAGAUUGUAGUGGUUGAUCAUCUUAGAGGACUAAGUGAUAAAUUCGAUAGAGUAGUGGCUGAUUUUGAUGAGUUCCUUCAAGGUGUGGUCGAUGAGACCAUAGCCAAAGUAAGCAAUAACCCCGGUCAAGCUGAUGUUAUCAAAGCACUCCCCUCGGAUGCAUAUGUUGCUGGAACAGACACAUCAUCCUCAGUACUUGAAUGGGCAAUGAGUGAGCUUCUGCUACAUCUAGAUAGAUUGAAGAAAGUACAAGAUGAGGUAAGGAGCAUCCUUAAUGGGAAAGAAGAGAUAACCGAUGAAGAUCUUGACAACAUGACGUAUCUUAAAGUCGUGAUCAUGGAAACUACCCGCCUCCAUCCUCUCUUCUGA